AUCCAAUCAAACAACACAAACACAAACUCAAAGAAAAUCUUUCAAACACAUCGCAAGAAAACAUGAAAAUGGGAAUGGGUUUAGUGUUGCUUACAGUUUUCAUGACUGUGAUGUCUUCUACAAGGGUCUCUGCUCAAUCUUCGAGUUGCACAACCGCGUUGAUCAGCAUGUCACCGUGUCUCAACUACAUAACCGGAAACUCUACCUCUCCUUCUCAGCAAUGCUGUAGACAGUUGGCUAAUGUAGUCCAGUCUUCUCCUGAAUGUUUGUGUCAAGUCCUCAACGGUGGAGGCUCUCAGCUUGGGAUCAAUGUUAACCAAACACAGGCUCUUGAAUUGCCAAAGGCCUGUAAUGUUCAGACUCCUCCUGUCAGUCGCUGUAACAACGGUGGUGGUGGCUCUACUGCUGACUCUCCUGCAGAUUCACCAAACUCUUCAGGACCAGGAAAUGGAUCCAAAACCGUACCAGUAGGAGAAGGAGAAGGACCAUCGUCUGAUGGAAGCUCUAUCAAAUUCUCUUUUCCUCUUCUUGCCUUCCUUUCCACGGCUUCCUACAUCGCACUCUUUUAGAAAUACUGAUUUUCUUUAUCCAUGUUUCUCCUGAAACCGAUGAAUCUCUUGUUUCCACUCAGAUUGCAUUCUUUAUUGUUCUCUAUUUAUUUACAUUUCGAUGUGAUUUUGUGUGAUGUAUUUUUAUGCUCUAUGAAUCCUUACCUUUUAUAAUAAA